GUGAGCAUGUUAAUUGCACAACAGAAGAAAUCAUCAUUGACUAGAUUUAUUCUUUAGUGUAAACGAUUUUGCGUCUUUGUAGAGAACCGGAAAAGUAAUAAGCCGUCAUCGCAUGGAAUUAACAGUUUCUAAUUUUCAAUUAUCAGUGUUUUUAAAUGUCAGUGCUUGAAGAGCACAUCCAACAGAAGACAUAUGACUUUAGCAUAUACAGUAUAAGUUAAGUCUAUAGGAAUUCAAAUGUUAGUUUGCAGAACUUGUACAGGAUUCAACAUAAUUAAAUUUAAAGCAAAAAUCAUAUAAUUUAUAUUCACUGAAUUUGAAACUCUUUUCAACAAAAACUAUGCUGGAUUUUAAUGGAACAAAUGCAAGUAUUACUAGAAACAAUACAACCUGUUUUGAUAUAUUGGAUGACGGUGAAUGUAAAAAUGAAGAUGAUGUCCGUACAUAUUUGGCAACUUAUAUAAUUCCUGAAUGGUAUGAAUGGAUUGUUAUAACGGUUUACAUAUUAACAUUUAUCAUUGGAUUGACUGGAAAUGUUUUGGUAUGUUUUGCAGUGUGGAGAAAUCAUCAAAUGCGGACUGUAACUAAUAUGUUCAUAGUCAACCUUUCCGUCGCAGAUUUGGGUAUUAUACUGAUAUGCUUACCUCCAACGUUACUUGUUGACGUAACUGAAACCUGGUUUAUGGGUCUUGUUAUUUGUAAACUGGUGUACUUUUUAAUGACGGUUUCGAUUUCGGUGUCAGUAUUGACUCUAGCAGCUAUUGCUGUGGAACGAUGGUAUGCAAUUUGUAGGCCAUUAGCUUUCAAAAGUACACGACGAAGAGCAAGAGUUAUCAUAUUUGUAAUAUGGCUGGUAUCUGCAUCUGUUGCCCUUCCCGAUAUAAUCUUCCUUCGAUUAAAGAGAUUUGAACGAGUCCCAGAAAAUGUUUCUGACUUGCUUAUGUCGUGUCAGCCAGGUCUAGACCAGGAGCAGCAGACAGCUUAUCAGAUAGCUUUAAUUGUACUACUGUAUCUUUUGCCAAUGAUUUGCAUCUGCGUGGCGUAUAUACAAAUUUCGCAUGUUCUGUGGAAAGGGGACAUUCCUGGGGAUGGUGACUCAAGAUCAGUAACUCAGCCGAUGAUGGAUACGCGGCGGAUAAAUGUUGCCAAUGAACAGCUUGCUUCACGACGUAAAGCUGCUAAGAUGUUGAUCACAGUGGUUUUAGCGUUUGCUGUCUGCUACUUCCCAGUUCAUCUGCUUAAUAUUUUAAGAUAUGCUGGUGUAUUGAAGUAUAUAGCUGUUGAUGGAAUACGUGCAUAUAGCUAUGUUGCUCAUUGGUUGCCUUAUUUAAACAGUUCAAGUAACCCAAUCAUCUAUAAUUUUAUGAGUGCAAAGUUCAGGAAAGAAUUCAAGAUGGCAUGUAUAUGUUGCUGUGGACCUCCAGAAAAAGGAAAACAAGGCUUCACUUUUACCUCAGCGACGCAUUAUAUCUCACCAAACAAUGUUGGGACGGAACAAACAUCAUUGACAACAAUGAAGUAAAAGCAGUAUCUUAGCGCCGUCAAAAAAGGUUAUAACGGAAGAAAAACAUGCAAUGUAAAAAAGAGAAGAUAUAUCAAAUUAAACCACUACGGUAAAAUAUAUAUCUCAUGGACAGAUGAUGGAAUGAAGCGAAAUGUGUAACUAUAGCGAAUCAGGGGAACAAAAACAAAAACAUUGGUUUAG